AUGUCCCAGGACAAGACCGCCUUUUCUCUCGAGGAACUCUCGAGCACGCUGAACCCAGCUACUGCUGGGCAGCCAGGGCCUCCUGCAUUCAUGAUGCCCAUAAAUGGCCCAAACCAGCUUGGGAUCCCUGUUCCUGGUGGUGUGCCUUUCCCUGGACAGCAUCUGUUUUCCCUGGGGAACCAAGGAGCUUUUGAGCAGCCUGUGUAUUCACCAGGCCGUUCAGGACCCGGGCCUGCACCUUAUUUUCCAGUGGACUCAUCAGUCCCUCCUAGCCAGGGAUACCCAAAUGACCCUGGGGACAAUGCAGGUUACCCUUGUGAAGAUCCAUCAGUCUCACGUGAAAAUGAUGUCUUUGACUCUGCAUUUGAUGACAAGCGUGUAAGACAAGCCUUUAUCCGAAAGGUAUUCUUGGUGUUAACUGUUCAGCUGAUGGUAACCUUCUCCUUUGUGGCCGUGUUCACCUUUCUGGAAGACGCCAAGAAAUUUAUCCAGGCCCACAUUUGGACCUACUAUCUUUCCUAUGGCAUAUUCUUUGUGGUCCUUCUUGUGCUCAGCUGCUGUAAAAGCAUCCGACGACAAUUUCCAUGCAACGUGACUUUAUUAGCCGUCCUGACUCUGUGUAUGUCCUACAUGGUGGGGAUGAUUGCCAGCUUCUAUGACACCGAUAUAGUGAUCUUAGCUGUGGGCAUGACAGCUGCUGUGUGCUUUACUGUAGUCAUCUUCUCUCUGCAGACGAAAUAUGACUUCACUUCCUGCCGCGGUGUGCUUUUUUGUUGCCUCAUCAUCCUGAUUCUCUUCGGCAUCCUCUGCAUCUUCAUCCGUGACAGGAUCCUGCACAUCGUCUAUGCUGCACUGGGGGCAUUGCUCUUCACCUGUUUCUUGGCAGUGGAUACUCAGCUGCUGCUAGGCAACAAGGAGUUGUCUCUGAGUCCAGAGGAAUACAUCUUUGCUGCCCUAAACCUGUACACAGACAUCAUCAACAUCUUUCUGUAUAUUCUGGCUGCACUUGGAAGAUCACGGAAGAGCUGA